AUGGUGAGCGCGGCGUGGCCGCCGGGGCCCGCGCGGCUCCGGGGGGGCUGCGAGGGGCCCGGGGGGGCUCGGAAAGGGACCAAGAAGAGGAGGAACAACGGGCGCGCCAAGAAGGGCCGCGGGCACGUGCAGCCCAUCCGCUGCACCAACUGCGCCCGCUGCGUGCCCAAGGACAAGGCCAUCAAGAAAUUCGUCAUCAGGAACAUCGUGGAGGCCGCUGCUGUCAGGGACAUCUCCGAGGCCAGCGUCUUCGACUCCUACGUGCUGCCCAAGCUGUACGUGAAGCUGCAUUACUGCGUCAGCUGCGCCAUCCACAGCAAGGUGGUUCGGAACCGCUCGCGCGAGGCCCGCAAGGACCGCACGCCCCCGCCCCGCUUCCGCCCCGCCGGAGCAGCCCCCCGACCCCCCCCCCCAAGCCCAUGUGAGGAGACCCCGGCCCCACGCGGGACCCCCGGAGCAGAGACCCCCAGAGUCAAUAAAGGAUCUGCCCUGAGCUGCUUCUGUCCUUUGGGGGAUUUGGGGGGGGUCCUGGAGGGGUCCUGGGGGCUCCUGAGGGCAAUUUGGGGGGUCCUGGGGGGGAUUUGGGGGGUCUGA